CCAAGUUCACCUGUCAAAAUCACUCGUCAAUCAUUGUCAUUAAUGACACUUUCGAUCUGAUUCUGAAGGGAAAAUAGGAAAUAUGAGUUGAAUUUGAAAUGUUAUUGCAUGGACAUCUUUAGAAUACCCCAGAUUCGUCACAAUUUUGUUUCGUAAACAAGGAAUAAAUCACAAACACCAUGGGAAAUUCUAGUAUGAAACAGCAUAUCAAUACAGCCCAGAAGACUGGAGUAUUAAAGGUAUCUCAAGGAAAACUAUCGGAAUUUCCUCCUUCAUUUAGACAAUUGGAGAAUAACCUAAGGACGUUAGAUUUAUCAGAAAACAAAUUUUUGGUAUUACCAGAGGAAAUAAGCAGGUUUAUGCAAUUGAAACACUUGAAUUUGCAGAAAAAUAAGCUUGCAAAGAUACCAGAUUGCAUUGGGGCAUUAACGAAACUAGAAACAUUGAAUGCUUCUCAUAACAAUCUGAGUGCAUUACCAAGAACACUGUCUAACCUAAUCCAUUUAAAACAAGUAUAUAUAAGUAGUAACUACUUGAAAGAGUUCCCAUUGAUGUUCUGUGGGUUGAAACACCUGGAUUUAUUAGAUUUGUCCAAAAACGAAAUCGAAUCAAUUCCUUCUGAUGUAGCAGGGUUAUAUGUGACUGAACUUAAUCUGAACCAAAACCAAAUAACUUUCAUAUCGCCACAAAUAGCAGAAUGUCCUCGUUUGAAAACACUAAGGUUAGAGGAGAACUGUUUGCAGCUAUCUGCAAUUUCCCCAAAGAUCCUGAGGGAUUCUAAGAUAGCAAAUCUGUCGUUGGAUGGAAACCUUUUCGAGCCUAAACAAUUAUCGGAUAUUGAUGGCUAUGAAAUCUACAUGGACAGGUUCACAGCAGUCAAAAAAAAAAUGUUUUGACUCUUUUAAUAAUUUAAAGAAGUGGUAAUCUGGUCAAAUAAGAGAGACAACUCAAUAAAGGUUUGUAACUUGCAUCUACAAUCAUCUAUCAAACAUUCCCUUUGCACAAACAAAGCAACAAGGUUUCCCCAUCGUUUUCUGUUAUGACGCACAUGAAUUAGGUGUGAGAAAUUAACUUAAUCAAAAGUCGGUGUUUUAUUUUGAUGAGAUGGGGGUAUCCUCAUUUUAUGAUUGUAAAUUAUUUUUCCGAAUAGAAUUUAAAUAUCGUUCAUCUUUUAAUUCUUCACUCAUCAUCAUUGAGUCUUAACAGCAUUGCCCCCUUCAUGGUUAAAUAAUGUCGAAAGAUAAUAAAAAAGAAGCCCUUUAUCUUCUUAUAAAACUCCGUCCUUGUUAAAAAACAAUACUUAUCUACAAAAUGAACAUUUCUAAUUUCACCACGAAGAAUUUUACCUAUUUUUGUUGUGUUCUUCCAGAAGGGGGCUUAAGUUUCAAGAAAAUCUUCAUUUAAAAGCGUAUUCUCAAUGGAACUAUAAAUUAAGUACUAUAAACUCAAAACCAUGAUAUUGAAGUAUCGUAUGUUGAAUUUUUAUCUCGUUACUGUCUUCAUAUUCAUUCUGAAACAAAUCAUUUUGUGAUAAUCCAUUCUUAAUGCAUGAUAUCAUUCAAAUUAUAAAAUACUUUGUAUGUAGAAUAGAUAAUAUGAGGUUUUAUUCAAUAGGAACUUUGAAAUUAUUAUCAGGUUAAUUCUGAUUUUCCUGUUGAAUUGAAGAUACCGCGCAUUUAAUAGGUCAUCAUUAGUAUUAAUAUUUCUGCAGUCAAUUACGUUUCAUGCAUAAAUUGUAUUGGAAAGAUUUGAUGAAAAAAAAUCUCUAGUCAUAAAUUACGCAUCAAUUCUUUGAAAUAUGUAGAAACUGUUUUAUAUAUACUUUUUUCGAUAGAGCCCUAGUUAGAUUCAGCUUUCCCUAUCGCUAAUUAUGUGAUUUUUAUCUACUAGUAUUUAAAAUUUAAUUAUGUAAGCUCUGAAAAAUCAACUAUCUAUAUUAAUAUAAGCGGACCAAAUCGAUUAAUGUAGUAUUUGCUCUUGCAAACUUGUGUCGCAUCUUGAAAAUUGCAAUUAAACCUGAGGUGAAUUUUGUUAGUUUUCGUCUGACUAAAAAAAUACGUUUCCUCUACUUAAACUCAUUGUGAUUCCAUAACUGUGUGCAUAAACUGAGUGGCGCUGAAUAGCUGUAUAUUUUUUACUUGUACUGUUGGAUCCUCACAUAUUUUAUACUAUACACUUUAGCUGGAUGUAUGUGUUUCUUAAUUCAAUCUUUGUACACUAAAAUCUAUUUUCCUAAUAUUAUAUUAUAUCUAAGAAGUAUAUUAUAAGUGGAUAAAACAAUAAAUGUGGUUGUUAUACGUA